AUGUCAGGCGCUUUGGAGGUAGCGGCUAGCGCAUUUGCCGUCGUAGGAGUUGCAGAUGUCCUCGUCAGGACGGGUCGUGAGUUCUAUAGCUUCCUGGGCGAAGUUGCGGAUGCGCCAGAGGAGAUCGACCGACUACGCGAGGUCAUUCGAACGACUGUCCUUCUAUAUCAUAACUCGAGAAGAUGUCAGCAAGAUCUCAAGACUAGGGGUGCCUCCGCUAGCGCAGCGGAUGUAACUUCCUCGCUUGAAUCUGCUACGAAAGCGUUGGACCGUGAGCUACGAGAACUUUCGAAGACAGCAAAAAAAUACAACGGCAUUAAAACAUGGGGAAACAUCAAAUUUGUUUUGGGAAAAGACAGGGUGAACAAAGCGAUCCAACGCCUGGAGCACGCGAAGACUCUCAUGGCAAAUGCAUUGACGCUUGCCUGCAUAGAGCUGCUGGCUUUGGGACUCACCGACGUCAAAACCGUGAUGCUGAAGUGCUUCGAAGACGCCGGAUUGAAGACUGACCGUGUGUAUCAAGCGCUUGUGGCUAAGAUUGACGCUCAACACCAAGAUGCACUCGUGUUGCACAACCAUCAGAAAGCUCUGACGUCGAAGAUUGACAACAACCAACGAAAUCAGCUAUUGAACCAAGACCGACAUCAACGGACACUGAUAACUACACAACGCACUCAAGUUGAAAUCCUUCGCCGCCAGGACGCGUCUAUGAGGGUUGCCAAAGGAACACAGCAGCAAACAUCCAGCAUUCUGCGUGCCGUUACCGACAUCAAACAACUUCUAUCUCUCAAUGACGGUUCCCUGCUGGUGGAUCAGAGUCACCGCGCUAUCUCCUUCCUCGGGGAACGUCAAGAUAGGAUCAUGGCAUAUCUUCUACCUUUCCAAGAUGAUAUUGAGUUCGCCAUUGACUCUCUCAUCUCUCAACACGGCCAUGAAAUCUCGGCAUCCGACGCUGAAUUCCUCCGCUCCGAGCUUCAGCAUCUAGUCGGCUCGGCUGCCCAAGAGAAGGCGCUCCAACACCCAGGUUCGGCGGCGAAAUCAUUCGAUCGGUGGUCUUACCCUCAGGAUACGGUUGGCUUCUUGAAGAAUAGUGCCAAAAAUCGGACAUCAAGCGGCUACUCAUACUCAACCGAUGGUGAAAAGAUAACAUCGACGAGACAAAUGACAGGGUCGGGAAAACGUUGGGCACUUUCCAGCCGAACCUUUAAUGUUCAGACACCUUCCGGACCCGUAGACAUAACCAUGCCACGCUCUCGAGAAGCUGGGGAAGAUAUUCAUGAAACGGCGGAAGCAGGAAUAUCGUACGUCGUUACGCAGAAUCAUUCAUCCGUACAUGUCAACGCGCACUUCCUUCGUGAUCUGGCGCACGCAGGACAACCUAGGAUAUAUGCCCAUUUGAACGUUUUCACGGUUGUGGAUGAAGCUACGACAGACCGAUACCACUCCGGAAUUUGCAAUUCUACAUCAUUGGCCAAAUUCGAUACCGCCCUUCGGCAGGGCAUUAUCUCUCCCUUUCACGUAGAUAAAUAUGGCAACAAUCUUUGCCUACUUGUAAGCAGUUUUUCAAGUUCUGUCGUUUAG